AUGUUAUAAGGAUUAGAAAAACCUUUAUCUGAAUACCAAUUGAUCUUGCACUUGAUACAUUAAAAUGAUUAUGAUACUUUGAAAGAAUUGGGAAUAAAUAAAGCCAACAUCAAUUUUUUGGAAUAAUUCAAUGAAAUUGAACUUGAUUAAAAAAUAUCUCCUCUUAUAUGUGCAUGCUAUCUAGGGAGAUUAGAAAUAGUUAGACUUUUAUUAUCAAAUUGCUAAGUUGAUGUGGAUUUAGCAAGUGUUGAUUCUGGAUAGACUCCUCUAUCAGUGGCAGCUAUGACAGGGAAUUAUGAAAUUUUGAAGUUACUACUUGAUACUGGAGCUGAAGUUAAUAAGCCGAAUACAUUUAAUUAGACAGCCUUUAUUUCAUGCUUUGCUAGAUUAGAAGAAGAGAAGAAUAUAUUUGAAAAUCGGAAAAUUUGUUUCAAAAUGGCAGAACUAUUGCUUCAUUAUGGAGCAGAUAUUAAUUGGAUUGUUGAUAAAUCUCAUGGCUUCCACUUAUUAAUGUAAUUAUGCUCUAUAAAAAUGGAAUUAAAUCCAAAAGAAGCAGAAAUAAAUUACCAAAUUAUUAAAUUUCUGAUUGAAAAUGGAGCUUAAAAAAAUCUUUAAUCUUUGAAGGGUAAAAAGGCUGUAGAUCUCCUAAAAAAGCACUCUAAUAAAGAAAAGUUAAUUGAAUUAAUUUAAAAUUCAUCAUAAAUUUAUUUUUAUGGAAGAUAAAAAAAUAGCAGUAGAGGUUUAUAACAACAUUAGAAUCAAUUAAAAAGUAGAUCAAUAUAAAAGCCAUGA